UGAUCUGAGCUCUGAAGUUGAAACUUGUUCAAAAAUCGCAGCUGCACGUGUUCAACUUCGGCGGUCUUUGGCGGGAAUUAUGUAUUUCCUGAUUUGGAGAGCCGGGUCUGGAAUUUUCUGGAGGGAAAAAAAAGUGAAAAAUCACCAGUAAAACAACAGAAUUAAAGCAACAAGUGUUGUAAGCCGCUAGAAUUGACGUUAGGAUUGUGUCUUUAGAAUGGGUCCAAAGAAAGCAGUUGAAGAGAAAAAGAUCCUCUUGGGUCGUCCAGGUAAUAACUUGAAGUCUGGGAUUGUUGGUUUGGCCAACGUUGGUAAAUCAACCUUUUUCCAGGCAAUCACUAGAUGUCCUUUAGGUAAUCCAGCUAAUUACCCAUUUGCCACAAUUGAUCCAGAAGAAGCUAGAGUUAUUGUUCCAUCUCCAAGAUUGGACACAUUGUUUGACAUUUACAAGCCUCAAAAGAAGGUCCCUGCUUAUAUCACAGUCUAUGAUAUCGCUGGGUUAACCAAGGGUGCAAGUGCAGGAGAAGGAUUAGGUAACGCAUUCUUAUCACAUAUCAGAGCAGUUGAUGCAAUUUACCAAGUGGUUCGAUGUUUUGAUGACGCUGAGAUUAUCCAUAUUGAAGGGGAUGUUAAUCCUGUGAGAGAUUUGGAGAUUAUAUCAAAUGAAUUGAGAUUGAAAGACAUUGAGUUUUCUCAAAAGUAUCUUGAAGGUGUUGAAAAGAUCACCAGAAGAGGAGGGCAAUCAUUGGAAGUUAAACAAAAAAAAGAUGAAGCUAUAUUGGUGAAUAAAAUCAUCAAAAUGUUAGAAGAUGGACAUAGAGUAGCAAACCAAACCUGGACAUCAAAAGAAGUUGAAGUCAUUAAUAAAAUGCAAUUAUUGACUGCAAAGUCAUCAAUUUAUUUGAUCAAUUUAUCCGAAAAGGACUACAUUAGAAGAAAAAAUAAACAUUUAAAAAAAAUCAAAGAAUGGGUUGACAAAUAUUCUCCAAACGAUGUCAUCAUACCAUUUUCUGUUUGCUUAGAAGAAAAACUAUCUCAUAUGGAAACAGAUGAAGAAAGGGAAGAAGAAUUGAAAAGACUUGGUACACAAAGUGCUUUACCAAAAAUUAUUACCACAAUGAGACAAAAAUUGGAUUUGAUUUCAUAUUUCACCUGCGGACCCCAAGAAGUUCGUGAAUGGACCAUCAGAAGAGGUACCAAGGCUCCACAAGCUGCUGGUGUUAUUCACAACGAUUUGAUGAAUACAUUUAUCUUGGCCCAUAUCACCAAAUAUCAAGAUAUUGUUGAAUAUAAAGAUGAGACAUUAGUUAAAGCUGCUGGAAAAGUCGCACAAAAGGGUAAAGAUUAUGUGGUCGAAGAUGGCGACAUCAUUUACUUCAGAGCUGGUGCAGGUAAAAACUAAACUUUUUUCCACUUACAAAACUUUUUUCCACAUAACUACUUCAAUAAACAACUAAUAAAGAAUAAUUACAACAUCAAUAUAAAUCAAUAAACGGUAAGUUUUUAGAUAGGCUUCGAACAGAGCAUCCGUAAUUUAUUGCUAGAAGCCCUGUUUUUUUCCAUU